GUCUGAGAGUUCUUUUGUUGAAGCUAUCGUACACUUAAUCAAGGCUUCUUUACACCAGUUACUAUUUGAAUAUGACAUUAACGUGGUUAGAGGUGAAAAACAGAGCAUUGCUAGCAAGAAUCAGAAGGUGUUAGAGGAAAGUGGAUCAAGAGGAGAGCAUCUUUGA